AUGGGAUAAAAAUAAAUAUUUGUACUCAAUCUUCCAACUGUCAGCCUCGAGUCAGGGCUAGUUUCAGUCCCCUUCGAGUGGUGAAUGACAAGAUGGCUGCCAAUGAAAGAUCACCAAGUGAAGAUGAUCGUAAUUGUCACAUCGCCAUUAUCCAUGAAAUAUAUGACUCAGAAGAUGCACAUGAAGAGUUUGAGGCAAAGUUGGAAGCAGCWCUUGAAUCRGGRUGUGAGAUCAUUGUUAUAGAACCUACCAAAAUUGGUGAUGAAACAGCAAGAUGGAUCAGUGUUGGGAAUUGYCUUCACAAGACAUGUGUUAUAACGGGAAGUAUUGCCCUYGUAAGCCCUUUUGUAAUGCCGAAAGCUAUACGUUGUCCAUGUAUCUUUGGUUUWAGUGCUAUAAGCAUAUUUAGUGCUUUGUUAUAUGGCGUUUCUUGGCAGUUUGAUCCAUGUUGUAAAUAUCAAAUUGAAUAUGACACAAAAAAACUGGCACAUAUACCAGCAGGGACGUCAGCCUCACCUGUCGUACUUGUGAGGACUGAUGACAAGUACAGAAAGAUCCUUCAAAAUGUAAUUGCUUGUUCUACUGCUCUCUACUGUGGAUGGAAAAUUUACUUAUGGUACAAUGGGUAACUUGGUUACAAUAUUUAUAAUGCUUAAAAAGAAAGAGUUUAGUGAUUGCAAAUGACAGUCUUCUUAAUUAGACACAUGUUGGUGGUUGCGUGAUGACUGUUCGCAUCACUAAACAUUACAAGAUGUUCCAUUAGUACAGAAAGCAUACUUUGUCAGAUCCUUAGUGUUAUGUUUGAACUGAUACGGGAAUCAGUGCUGGUGUAAGGGAAACAUGUGAAUAAUGAGAUGUGUUUUCAGUGUCAAAGUGAUUGUUUAAUAAAUAGUUUCAAACAAAUAAUUA